AAAGAUGAUUAGCACAAGCCAGCUUUUGAUGGUAGAUAAGCUGUACUUGAUUAAUCAACAUUCAAACAAGGUUAAAAGAGACAGAUCUACAUUGAUCUUUUUCUCUUUUCUUCUCCAUCUCUUCUCAGAUUCAAAAAGAACAACUACCAUCACAAUGUCUCUUUUUAAAGUUUUAGACGCUUCAGAAGCCAAAUUGGCCAGCUUGGGCAAUGGUGCCAUGUUGGGUGAUAUUGACUGUUCAAAGGAUAAGAAAUUAACCGGUGGCUUUUACGAACAAAGUCAUUCUGAAGAACCAUUGAACUAUACAUACACUUAUGACGAACUCAAGAUUGUUUUGGAAGGUGAAUUGCAAAUCAAAAAUACAGCAACAGGUGAAGAAUUUACCGCAAAGGCAGGUCAAGUUUUAAACAUUUCAGACGGUGCCGCUUUGCAAUUCAAUUCUCCAACAAAAGCUCGCAUCUUUUACGUUGCCAAACGUGCUCCUCUCUGAGAUGUGAUCACCAAGGCUG